AUGGCGCUAUCACCGCCGCCCCUGCCUUCGCGAUUUCCGUGCUGGUGCCGGGCCAUCUAUUCUUGGGGAGGCGAGUCAAGACACGACCUGGGAUUCGUCGAGGGCGACUUGAUAGAGUGUCUGAAUGCGGGUGACGGCUCGUGGUGGGUUGGCAGGCUAUUUCGAGAUCGGAGGACUGUUGGCUCUUUUCCGUCCAACUUCGUCGAGGUACUACCAGAAGACUUUCGGCCAACCAAAACACCGAGUCCCAUACCGCCGACAGCAUCCCCAUCCAAGUCGGUGCCGCAAAAGUCGAGGACGUUCCGGAAACCCUUCGAGGCUUAUGCCAAGGCGCCGCAUUAUACUACAGCAAAACAGCCAGAAACAUUUCGCGAGACGCCAGCGUCGCGUCCGAGAGAGAGGCCGUCUCGGGUAGGAACGACGACAUCACGAUCUAGGGGGAACUCGACGCCGAUUCCUAGUACUGCGCUCGUCCUCGCAAGAAGUGCCCACGAAGAUAUUGCUCGCGCUCCUACUCCUUCUCACUCCCCAGCAAAUGCCUAUGUAUCGAGAGCUCCGUCACCAGCGCCGUCCAUCGGCCGUCCGCCGAGCCGUAUGGAGGAUAUGGCAAGAGGCGCCGCUUCUCCACCGCCUCCGGCACCACCUCCCCACAGGCACGUUGCGCGAACGGAUUCUGAUGAGGCGGCGCAAGGCUAUCACUCAUUGUCGAGGCACAGCUCCAAUGUGUCGUACAAUCAACAGAGCCUAUCAAGACAGGGCUCUACCGUCUCGUACAACCCGGCCGACAUAGCAAGAACAGGCUCCACCGUUUCUUAUAACCCAGCAGACUUAACAAGAACAGGCUCUACCGUCUCGUACAAUCCUGCAGAUAUAACAAGAACCGGCUCCACCAUUUCCUAUAACCCGGCGGACAUGCGCUCUACCAACUCCAACGCCUCUUACACCGAUCUUCCCAACUUGGCAAGGCAGACAUCAUACAAUUCCUACGACGAUGCCAGUUACGGGGCCCGGCGCGACGGAUAUCACACACCCAAGGGCUCAGGUUCUCAUCGACCAUCAAUGGAGGGAAGCCACAUGACGCCGUCACCGUUACGCGAGGCGAUGGAUGGGGUGAUGCAGCAGCUUGAUCGCUUGGAGGGCUUAGGGGGGCGAGAGGCGCAAUCGCCAGAGGGGUCGUUCGAUCCCUGGUCCCCCGAGUCUUUCGACCUGGUAGCACCGCAGCAGAGGCAAAAGCAACGGGAACGGCGGGAACGGGAGCGCUUGAGGCCUUUGACAUCAAUGGGCAUAGCUUUGGACGAGGGAUACGAGACUUGGAGUGGAACGUCUUCGCAGAAUACCUCGCACCAGGACACGCAUCGCGAAAAGGGAUACGACCCUCACCUGCCCCAGCUGAGCAACUACGUGGAAAGGAUGGAGAAGCAAAUUCAGAGGAUGCAUCAACAUAGCCAGAGUAUGCCGGCGGUGGUGGACGUAGAUGACGACAAGCCUCCGCCGCCGCCGCCAAAGGGGCAGCACUACCUGCGCCCAAAGUCGUCCGCGGGGUCAACGCUUGGAGAGCUGAUUUCCUUGGACAAGAAGACGCGUGGGCGGAGAUCGGCAUAUGAUGUGGCACCGGGCAUCGAGCGCACAAACACCACGAAAACGACCCAGACGAACGCUUCCACCGGCAAUCAGAGCAACAGCAGCUCCUCGACGCAGAACAGCAACAGGACUCUCUGGAGCGGCGCCUCCGCCAGCGGAUUGAGCACUACGAGCGCUGGGAGCUUGGUUCGGUCGUCCCAGCGUGCGCAAAGCUCACUGAGCGCACGCAACGACGAUGGAGACCGGCCAGAUUCGCCAUUUACAGGCGUUACUUACCACAGCAGCCAUGCCAGCAAUUAUGCCGGAGGUGGAAGCGGAAGUGGGAGCUCCCGGCCAAUCUCCCACGUUGGCCUUCUGGAGGACGGAGCCCCUGGUCUAGGCGGACUUGUAGCACCCAAAUCACCGAAAAGAAACAUAUUCAAGAAGAUUCUGGACUCGGCCAAGACGGGCGUCGCCAGCAACCGCGGUAGUAUCGCCGCCGGCCAUGUGCCCACCGUGAGAUCUUCGCCGUUUUCUCGCCUGCAGCAGCCGCACAGUGUCACUCCCGGAGCAAGCAUGCUUUCGCUGAGCGGCGCUCGCUCCAGGCGCGAUGCGGCCCGGGAAAUGGGCCUCAGCUCCGGUGUCGACUGGGUCCAGGUCCGGCGAGAUGUCAACCGCUCCAAUUCGAUUAGCAAGAUCGAGCGGACCGAGCGCAGAGACCGCUGCCAGAUGCAGGACCAUCCUGCAAUCAACCCCGUCGAUGAGCUCUAUGACAGUAUCGAGGGCGACGAAGGGGCGGACGGCAUGCCGGUUCACAAGCCGGAGAAUUACCACAUGAUCAACCUCGCCCAGGUGGACAAGAACACCCGUUUCAUCAAGGAGCCGCCUCCGGGCACGACGGUGACGACGCUUGCGCAGACAUACAUCUGCAGACCCUACAGGAGCGAUCUGCAGCGCCUCCGCGCCAUCUUCACCUGGGUUGCAGAAAGGAUCUGCUGGGAAGAGGAUUUCGAGGGCGAUGCCGACACCCAGCGGACCAUCCAGGCAAAGAGGGGCUGCGCAGAAGAAUAUGCCUACCUUGUCAUGGAAAUGUGCGCUGCCGUCGGGAUUCACUGCGAAGUCGUGAGGGGCUACCUAAAGGCCCCGGGCGACAUUGCAGAUCUCAACGUGAUGCCCAGGUCCAACCACUGGUGGAACGCGGUCAUUGUUGACGACGAGUGGCGCAUAAUCGAUACCUGCCUGGCAAGCCCUUCGAAUCCCAAGCGCGCGUUGUACUCCAGCCUAACCGGGUCGUCGGCGGACUUUUGGUGGUUCCUCACUCGACCGACCGAGAUCUGCUGGACCCACGUGCCGGAGCAUCACGACCAGCAACACAUCGUGCCUCCUGUGGACUAUGAUACGCUGCUCAACCUGCCGUGCACCUGCCCGGCGUUUUUCAAGAACGGGCUUGAGCUGGUUGACUAUAACACUAGCCUGACCAGGAUAGAAGAUCUUGAGAUGGUCCACAUCAAACUCAACGUCCCGGCUGAUGUUGAGAUUGUGGCCGAGGUGGAAGCGCGCGCCUUGUCCAGAGACCACGAUGGCGAUCUGUUCGAGAGCGGCGACAUUGUCAAGAAGAAGGCGCUGGCUCAAGCCGAAUGGUUCAGCGGCGUGAAACGAUACACCAUCAAGGCACUGCUCCCUGGUGACGAAGGCCAAGGCAUGUUGAAAGUCUACGCCGGUAAGAGGGGCCUGAUGCAGAGCAUCAAGGACAUUCCCCAUCCUCUGGCCUUUACACUACCCAUUAUCCACGUUGGUGAAAACCCACCCUACCAAUUUGUCACACGACACCCGACUCCUCAUGCGCAGCGGCAUGAUAUUUACGUUGUCCAGCCCCAGUGCCAGCAGCUGGCUCUGAACAACACCUUUGUAUUCGCCAUCAGGCAGCACCCCAGCUCCCUUUCAAACGGAGCGCAGUCGGCCCUCACGCCGGCGUCGAAUCCUGGGUCGACAAGCCCAGUCCCCUUCACUCGGCCGUCAUCGGCAAUGAGCGUCAACGCUUCUAGUGCGAGCGGCUCGAAUCCCAGCUCGGCCAGCGGGACGGUUUCCGGAAAGAAGCCCGCCAAGCUGGCCAUCCAGACACCGGGAGGCAAGAUCCUCCGUCUUAUGAGAAAGGAGGACCGCAAGGGCAUCAGCGUCGGAUCGCGGUCCGCAGACGAAGAGGUCAGCGACGGCGGCACUUGGGAGACGAUCAUCAAGUGCUCCGAGAAAGGCGUCUGGAGAGGCCUGCAGCAGCAGCAGAUACAGCAGCAGCAGCAGCAGCAGCAGCAACAGGCGGCAGCGCUUCACCAUGGCCAGCAGUCCAUGUAUGCCGGCGCCAUGGCUCACGAGCAGCAGCAGCAGCAGUUCUACCACCAGAGCCCGCAGCCCCAGCACCAGCACGGCAUGUUCAUGACACCGCAGCAGUUCCAGCAGCCGUACGCUGUGGGCUUCAACGGGUUUGCCGAGUACGAUGCGUCGGGCCAGUACCUGCCGCCGAGCAGCGUCUGGCAACAGCAGCAGCAGCCACAGCAUCAGCAUCAGCAACACCAGCUUCAGCAGCAGCAGCAGCAGCAGGCCAUGACGAGCAUGACGACGCAGCCGCAGCCGAUGCAGCACCAGGCCCUCACGCACCAGCCGUUACCGCAGCAGCAGCAGCCUCUGCAACAAGUCCACCAAGCCCAGCGCCAGCAGCAGCAGCGGCGCCAUCAGCCGUCUCCGAUAUAUCAUGCUCAUACGCCGUCACCUGCGCCUGCGCACUCCCUGCCGCCGCAACCGUCGCCUAUUCGAAGUCAGGUACCGGUGCCUCCACGACCGCAACAUACUCCUCAGCCGCCGCAGCACCUAUCACCCGCUCAGCACCUGUCACCGGCUCAGCAUCUGUCACCCGCGCCUCAGCUGUCACCAGCACCUCAAUUGGCGCCGCAAGGACAGCAGCCUCAGCAGCAACCACAAGGGGAGCAGCAGCAUCAACAGUAUGCGCCACCUCCGCAGCCACAGCCGCCGCAGCGACCGCAACCUCCCAUACCUCAAUCCCUUCAGCAAGAGCAGGUGCACUACGUCAACCUGCAAGAUAUCCAGAAGCAGCCGUCGAUGACCUCUUUACCUAUACCAACGACGACAACUUCAACGACAACUUCAACAACAACCUCAACAACGACCCCCCUGGGAAUUCAAGAAAAACGGAAAGAGUCUGUCGCUGUGAAGCCCAUAUACCCCAGUGCGACCUCGAUCAAGCAGGAGAAACAAGAAGAUGAUUCGAUUGCGACUCGAGUAUUUCAGCAGAUUCCCGACGCUCGCAUCAAACCUAGCCCUCAUUCUUCGGUCACCAACUCGCCCUCGCUCUCCAUGAGAUCCCCCAGUAUCACGAAGAAGUCGCCCGCAGUGACACCCAAACCUCGGCCUAUGAACCCGACGCCCUACAUGAUCGCGGUCGCGGAGGAGUGUAUUGAGAAGGCGCGCAACGCCUCGCACGACGUGGCCAUGACUCUCUCUCCGAACCAAGUUGAAGAGUAUCAAGGGCUGGUAGCGACGGCGUUGUCAUGUCUGGAGGCUGCGUUGCAGAGCAACAACCAACUUGCGCCGCGGGAAGAAGCGCGCGUACGGUUGAGGUACGCAGCUCUCUUGCAAGAAGAGACGGAGAAUCUGAUGGAGGCGGAGACGGCGCUGGCAAAAGGCAUCACGCUUUGCGACAAGCACCGUCUGCUUGAUCUGAAGUAUUGCAUGCAGUAUCUCAUGCUCAAGGUUCUGUUUCAGAGGAAUCACAAGGCGGCGUUGAAAGCUAUAGAUGGGCACAUAUCUAACUGCGAAGUGUUCAAGCAUGUCCAAUGGUACUAUGCGUUCCGCUUGUUAAAGGCUUCCUUUUACCUAGACACUGGAAGCGUAUCUGACGCGGGCGCCCUCGACAACAUACGAACCAUCCAAAACGUCGCCAACACCAGAGGCGACACCGCGCUGUCCGUCUUCGCCUCGCUGAUGGAAGGCUUCACCCUUCUCAAGACGGCCAAGGACGGAAACAUGGAGAAGAUCCAGGCCUGCAUCGCGCAGGUGGCCAAGUACCAGUUCGACCCGUCGGUGCAGAUCACGCAGCUCACCAUGCUGACGUUGCUGCUCGAAGUCGCCGCAAGCCUGCACCACCAAAGCCCCGAUCAUACGGCGCAAAAGCUGCGACAGCUGCAGGUGUGUCUGGACGACUGUGAGGGGUGGCAUAAUGUUAAGUCGGACUUUAUGGUGCCCGUAAAGAAGGAGCCCUCGGCGGCCAGGACCGUGAGCGAGGACACGCAGGCCAUACUGCGGGUUGGUGAGGGUGAAGGCGAGAUGGAUUAUCUGGUCAUGACAUUCAUGACCAAGAUGGAGUUGAGGUCGCUCGUGUUUACUAUUAGCGGCCUGGUCAACUUCCACAAGCCUUCUUCUCAAGGCCGCAGGUCAACCGAGUUCUGGAAGGAAGGCUUGAAGAUUCUCGAGACAUGGGACGCUUCAACGGCCGGUAUUCCAUAUGGCCCCCCCGUUCCACUAAAUGUGGCCAUCAAGCAGCGGGCUUGGCGAAUAGAGGCCCAGGCCUACUUGACCGUCCUUCUGGGGUUGGUGGCUGCCAGUCACUGCCAGUGGUCAACUGUCAAGCAGAUGGUUCAGAAUCUCGAGACUUUUGUUUCGCCCUCAACGCAGCCCACCGUGAGACUGCUCUCCACAUAUCUGAAGGGCGUAUACUACCAGGGCAUCGGCAGCCUGCAAGCCGCCCUCGACAUCUUCCUCGAUGACCGCUUCAAGGUCCAGCAGCAGGGAAGCACCGGGAUCAAGGCCGGGCAACAAGAGGUCGCGCUCCUUGCGGGCUUGAACCGGCUGUGGAUCAUGCAGCACCCGUCUUGCCGAAACGACCAGCAAACGCUGGACCUCAUCGAGCAGCUGCAGCCUCACUGCGCCAACCACAGCAACAUUGAUCUCCGGACGGCCUACCACAACGUCAUGGCGGCCCUCGUGACGGAUCCGCCCCAGCAGCUCAACCAGCAGAAGCAGCACAUCCACGCCGCCAUGGCGGGCUCCAAGGUCACCAGCAACGUGCUGGGGGCCGCCGUGACGCUGUGCAUCAUGCGCAGCCGCUUCUUCGAGAACGUCAUUGGCGAGCAGGCCCUCAAGAGCGCCCGGGCGGCGGCCAAGCAGGCGGAGAGGAGCGGCAACGUGCUGUGGCAGAGCGUGGCGGACGGCAUGCUGGCGCAGUCGUACGAGGUGCAGGGGCAGAGGGAAGAGGCCAAGCAGGAGUGGGACAAGGCGACCGAGGAGGCGAGAGACGCGUUUGCCCGGAGCUUGUGA